AAGAGUGUGGCAACGAAACCGUGGAAACAGUUAAAGAGAUCGAAGGAAGAGAAGCCCUAACGAGAUCGGUGAGCGCUCUUCUUCCUCCGCUCCUCCUCUUCCUUCGAUCCUUGCCAAAAUCCGUGCAAAUUCCCCUACGCGCGACUCACCCUGACCUGCGAAUCCAGGAGAACUGGGGCCCUUCCUUCUGCGAUCGGGUUUCCCGCUCGAUUCCGGCGUCAAUCUCUGAAUGCUGCUUGUCCGUGCCACGAAUUCGAGCUGAACGGGAGCGGUGACGCGCAAAGGCGCCAGCUUUUGCGCGUAGCCUCGCGGUUGGUGGAGAAACCCUAGGUGGAGGGGGGACAGAUCGGAGGUAGUAGGAGCUUUGGGAGGUUCUAUGCUAUUGGAUUUUUUGGCAUAUGACAACCCGCAUCGUCGAGCAAGGAGCCGGAAGGAAUCUUGUCUGUAAGGAAUACUGAAGGUGUGAAAGAUGCCUCCUUCGCCCUCAUCGAGGCGCUUUCCUGUGAGGGAGAUACGGACGGAGGGUUUCCACACGAGGGGCCGCAGUUUAGAGAGUAAAUUUCCACUGAGGGCCAAGGAUGAUGAUCUUGUCCUGUUCAACGAGAUGCAGAACCGUGAGAGGGACAACUUCUUGCUGCACUCUUCUGAUGAUUUUGAUGAUUCUAUAUCAAAAUUAAAAUAUUUUCCAAAUUUCAAGCUUGGGAUCACCAUUCCAGCUCAAGGAGAGAGCAGUGAUCUGCUCAAUGCAGAUGGCGAGAAACAUGACUAUGACUGGUUGUUGACUCCUCCUGAGACCCCCCUAUUUCCUUCAUUGGAUGAUGAUGAGCCUCAACCUACUAAUGUGUCCAGAGGCAGGAUAAGAAGUCAACCCAUUUCAAUCUCAAGAACAUCCACGAGUGAGAAGACUUCGAGGACAAAUAGGAGCAGCGCGAGUCCAUGUCGAUUAAGUUCAUCUCCAACAUCUAGUAGCAGUGUAACUCAUUCACGAACUAGACCAUCUUCAGUUCCCCGCUCUAGCCCACUUCCUGUUCCGCGAUCAGCAACACCCUCACGAAGACCUUCCACUCCUCCAGCCAAGCCUUCACCACUGACUCAAAGGUCUUUGACUCCCACGGUACGGAGGAUGAGUACUGGGUCCACUGGGCCGGCAUACUCUUCUACAAGGGGAACAUCCCCUGUAAGGACAAAUCGUGGCAAUUCUUCCUCACCGAAAUUGCGAGGUUGGCAAUCAAAUCUUCCUGGAUUCUCCACAGAUGCACCACCAAACCUUCGAACUUCUCUAACAGAUCGGUCAACAUCACGUGUACGGGGUUUGUCUCCUGCAUCUACAAAUGGAACAGGUUCAUCAAAAUUUAGAAGGCAGUCAAUAUCACCAUCUGCUUCAAGAAGUGCCAGCUCAUCACAAAAUAGUGAACGGAACCCCUUUAGCUCUAUUAGUAAGCCAUCUGUGUCAACUUCUUGCGAUGAUGAUACUGAUUCACAUGCUUCUGUGGGAGUUUCUCCUAUUGCUGCUACAAGAAAAUAUGGUGCUUUUGCAAACAGCAGAGCUGUAAUGUUCUCCAAAAAACCUUCCAGAUCUUCAUCUGCGAGUUCUGUACCAAAAAGAUCCUUUGAUUCUGCACUUAGACAGAUGGAUCAUCAUAAAACUCCUCAAGACAUGUUCAGGCCAUUGUUAUCGAGUGUUCCUGCCAGCACGUUUUAUGUUGGGAAAACAACCAAUGUGCAUAGACCUAUGUUCUCUCGGUAUUCUUCACUUACAACUAGCAGCAAUACAAGCUCUGAACAUGGUGCCAGCGUUGUCCCUGAUUUGGAGGACAAUGACCAUGACCGGAGCGUUCUUACUGGUGAAUUGGAGAAGACACAAGAUCCUUCAUUCCAGGAGGAAGUGUUUAUCUUAGAUGAGAUAAGUGAACACAUUGGCAAUGACACUUGUUCUGCAAAACUUCAAAGUGGUAAUGAGAUUUCUGAUUCAAGUGUGCCCAAUAAAAUUAACACCAAGUUGGACCAUUCUUCAGGCAAUGAUAGUGAUUCACUAAAUACGGCAGUUGCUUGUCGAGGUUCACAUGGUGCUGAAUGUUCCAAGAUUGAUUCUAAUGAAACAAUGAGUAUUUGCUUGAAAUGUGAUAGACACUUCGUGGUCACAGAUAUAGAUGUGGAUGUUUGUGAAGAAUGUUCUGGAACAUAUGGAUCGAUUGGUUCAGAAGAACCUCGGACUAUACGAGUUGGAAACCAGGGUGAUAGAAAUGACACAAUGGACCCCAAGGUGCAACCCCAAAUAGAAAUACCUGAACUGACUGAGAUUAGAACUGGCAUUGAGCCUUGCCAACAUGAGCAAAGCAGUGAAGAAGUAACUCAUAUCUCUGUGGACAGUGGAUUAUUUCUGUUGGCGAAUGAUAAGAGGGAUGAAAACCUUUCUGAACAGGAAGUCCUUAUACCAGCUGAAUUGUAUGCUCCAGAAUCUAGUAGCAACUAUGAAUCUCAACAAUCACAGCCAACUCCCAGUCAAAUUGACCAGGUUGACAAUUCUGAAAGCACAGGCAUAGCAGUUGUUUUGAUGAACAAGUCAAGCAGCAGAAAGUGGCCUGUCGUGCAAGGGAAGGCCUUUUCUGCUGCAAAUAUAUUUCUCGCUGAGUCUUCUCAUGGAAGAGAUAAUAUCAAUGUCAUGAAGCAUAGCCUUGGAAGGGAUAGUUCUUCUGCUUCUUCCUCUCUUGAUAUGGGAUCACGUGGACAAACAGAUGGCCACAUUCUACGCCAAUUAAGCAGCACAAAGCGUGAGACACAGGAUGCGAGAGGUGAAAGUCAUACUGGCACCCAGGGCUGUGGUCCACAUUCGAAAACUUCAAGUAUUGCCAUAGAAACACUGGUCCAUUCCCAAAUCGAAGCUGAAGAAGUUUCUUGUAGUAUUAUUGGAGCUGUUGAGAGUGAUGCCGUAGAAAAGAUACUAUCGGAUGCUCAAAAUCCAGAGAGAUCUUUUGGAGAUACAGAUUUGAAUGUGAUGAAGCAUACAUCCACCGAGCAAGCUGUUGUAGGCAUAAAUGUGUCCGGCAAUGAUGAUACAUCUUUGGCAACACGUGUCUUGCCAUCACAAUCAAGUCAGCAUAUUAGUCUUCAAAUGUGUGAUGAUAUAGUUGAGAGCAGUGACUCUAGUGAACAUGCUAAAGAAGUACUUUCCGGUAACAGCGAGAGGAGUCCAGAAGUAGAGGCACCAAUUGCCACCCCAGAUUCAUCUUCCAUUGAAGGCAAUCAUACGCCGAGCGCUACUGGCUGUCAAGAUGAUGUUGCUGACAUCGCAACACAUUGCUCAUCUGUUGCGACAUUAGACGAGCAAAAUGAUAUGGUCGGUUUCCAGGAUUUACAUGAUGAUUGUACAUCUCAAAUGCCAAACUCUGUGGAGGAUUUCCAAGAAGAUUCCAUUUCCACAUCAGACAAGGAUGUGCUGAUUUCUGAAGUGGAACCUAAAAUUGCUGAGGACCCUUCUAGUGAAGAACCAAUCAUAACGGUCGAAGCUCCAAGGAAAAUUGUGCAAAGAAGUUUUACUCUGGAAGAAGCAACAGAUACCAUACUAUUCUGCAGUUCUAUCGUCCAUGAUGUGGCUCACAAAGCUGCAACAAUUGCGAUGGAAAAGGAGUCGGCUCUAUACGAGUCUUCUUAUCGGGCAGUUACAUUUAUGGGAAAUUCCGUUUCCAAUAAGAAGGAUCUGCAAAAGAUGGCCACCAAAAACAAUCACAGGUCACGAAAGAUUAAUCGAAAAAAAUUGGCAGCCGCCAACGAGAUGCCAAGUGUGGAGGUGAGAGACAAUGUCAAGAACUCGGAGUUGGCAUCUUGCAACGCUGAGGCUUUACACACAGGUGAGAGUGUGAAGCCCCCAAAGUUGGAGUCCAAGUGCAACUGCACAGUGAUGUAGUCCAUGUUAAAGCUGCAUUAUUCAUCGGAUUCCUGGCAUUAUAGCCCUAGCAUAAGUUUCUAUAUUCUUUUUUUGGAGAAUGAGGUGUUUAUAUUUUUUUCUUUAGGAGUGUUAAGAACACCCCACAGAUUCUUGUAAAAGAUAAGCGUCUCCUUGGCAUCAGGAAUCAGAGGGUUUGUGGCAAGCUGCUACCUUUUUUCUUGGUAGGGUGGUGUUUGAUGAUGUUGUUGUUUUCCUGUUUUCUUCAGGAAUAAUGUAACCUAUGAUAUUCUUUUGUAAAUCUUGUGCUUCUUUGUGGCUUCGA